AUGCAGGAUUAUUUACGGGAGAUAGAGGGAACAUUAUCGAGAACAAAUGAGAGAAAAGGCACUUUGCUUUACAAGUUGGCAAAACGCAAGGCUGAAGAAGAACGUCUUUCACGUCUGGGUGUUAGCAGCAUUCCAUCUAAUCCUCUAGAGGUCACAGAUGUCAAUGUAGUAAAAUAUGCACUUUUUAGAUUAAAGCAAGAAAUUGGCGAUAAAAUUGCCCAAAUGCGAAAUACUCAAUUGCUUAGCAUUGAAACUCAUGGAGAAGUAGUAAUUCGUGCCAAAAAUGACGAUAUAAAUAAUAUUAUUACUAAAAAAAACCUAUGGGAAAAACGUUUAGCAUUUCUUAGUGGGAAAGAUUAUAAAAUGCCACAUUCUAAAAAAAUCUAUUUUGGCUGUGCAAAGGGACUUGUAGAAGCUCAAAAAGCAACUACUCAAAAUAGUAAAGAAGUUACUGAGGAUAACUUAGAUGAGCUUGAAUCAAAUUCUAUCUCCUCUGAAUUUUCCGGAGAUGAAGGACCUCAGUCAAGCAACGAAUACCUUGAGCGACUAGCUGCGUUUGACUCGGAAGGUUCUCUUCGUGAUGUUGAAAUGGCUGCCGAACGCAAGUUACGUCUAGAAUUUGCGCAGGAAGAUGGUGGUGCUCCUUUUAAAAGGGCUCGUAAUGAUGAUACUGAUGAUUACAUUGUAGAUAUCCAAUUGCCUUCAGAGGAGGAGUUUCAUCGAAAGAUUAUUGAUGCGAAAAAGGAAAUGCUACAAAAGCGUCUUGAAUCCCUGAAAAGAUAA